CAACGGCUAGCACACACGGACGCAGAACAAACCCUUCCCGAACAAUUACCACAAUAAAACAAAAAUAUCGCAAUUAGCUACAUCUCCACCCGAUCCUAAUGAAGGAUCUCCGGCCUGACUGACUAGGAGAUGGGAAUACUUAACAUAAUAGACCAGACUUUGCUGGUCCAGGCUAUAUUUAGCCGAAAUGCAGAGGAAGUGAAGUUUUUGUUGCACAAGAAUGAAGAAGUCAAUGCACUGGACCAAGAACGCCGUACUCCCUUACAUGCUGCUGCGUGUUUGGGCGACGUUCACAUUAUGGACCUCCUCAUUAAUUCAGGUGCUAGUGUUAAUGCUAAGGAUCAAGGCUGGCUGACACCCCUGCAUCGGGCAGCUGCCUCACGGAAUGAAAAGGCUGUGGGGCUGCUUCUGAAGCAGGAUGCGGAGGUCAAUCUGCGAGAUAAGUUUUGGCAGACGCCGUUGCACGUGGCGGCGGCGAACCGGGCCACACGCUGCGCUGAGGCCCUAAUCCCCAAGCUGAGCAGCCUGAACGUAGCAGACCGCUCCGGCAGGACAGCUCUGCACCAUGCAGCACACAGUGGCCACGUGGAGAUGGUGAAUUUGCUCCUCAACAAAGGAGCAAACUUGAGUGCCAGCGAUAAGAAGGAGAGGCAGCCAAUCCACUGGGCCGCAUACCUCGGGCAUCUGGAGAUCGUGAAGCUACUGGUGUCGCGGAGUGCGGACGCCAUGUGCAGGGACAAGCGAGGUUAUACCCCGCUCCACGCCGCAGCUGCCAGCGGCCAGAUCGAGGUGGUCAAGUACCUGCUGCGGCUGGGGUCAGAGAUUGACGAGCCCAACACUUUUGGGAACACAGCGCUCCACAUGGCGUGCUACACAGGCCAGGAGGCGGUUGCCAACGAGCUGGUGAACCGAGGCGCCAACGUCAACCAGCCAAACCAGCGCGGCUGCACGCCGCUGCACCUGGCUGCUGUCUCCACCAACGGGGCGCUUUGCCUCGAGCUGCUAGUUAACAACGGUGCUGAUGUCAACAUGCAGAGUAAAGAAGGGAAGAGUCCUUUGCACAUGGCCGCUAUUCACGGGCGCUUCACUCGCUCACAAAUCCUUAUCCAAAACGGUGGGGAGAUCGACUGUGUAGAUAAAUAUGGCAAUACUCCUCUUCACGUUGCUGCUAAGCACGGCCACGAGCUGCUGAUCAGCACCCUGAUGACUAAUGGUGCUGACACGGCCAGGCAAGGGAUUAAUGGGAUGUUUCCAUUGCAUUUGGCUGUGCUCUACGGGUUUUCAGACUGUUGUCGCAAGUUACUCUCCUCAGGUCAGCUGUACAGCAUUGUAUCAUCUCUGAGCAAUGAGCACGUGCUGUCAGCCGGGUUUGACAUAAACACCCCAGACAGCUCGGGGAGGACCUGCCUGCACGCCGCCGCCUCUGGAGGAAACGUUGAAUGUCUUAACUUGCUGUUGAGCAGUGGUGCCGACUUGAGUAACAAGGACACAUUGGGAAGAACUCCUUUGCACUACGCUGCGGCGAAUGGGAGCUACCAGUGCACGGUUUCCCUGGUGAGUGCUGGUGCCGAGGUGAACGAGCUGGACCAGAAGGGCUGCAGCCCCCUGCACUAUGCCGCUGCCUCGCAGACCUUCCGCCGAGUGGACAGACAUUACUCAGUUGGACACCAUAGUGAGGAGAGGGCCAAGGAGGCCUUUUUUUGUUUAGAGUAUCUGCUGGAUAAUGGGGCUGACCCAGCUCUGAGGAACACCAAGGGUUACAGCGCAGUCCACUAUGCAGCAGCCCACGGAAACAAGCAGAACCUGGAGCUGCUCUUGGAGAUGUCUUUCAACUGUCUGGGAGACGUGGAGAGCAGUGUUCCAGUUAGCCCUUUGCACUUAGCCGCGUAUAAUGGUCACUGUGAGGCUUUGGGGGUGUUGUCUGAGACGCUGGUGAGUCUGGAUGUUCGGGACGCGGGGGGGCACACCGCCCUCUACCUGGCAGCGCAGCGGGGACAUGCUCAGUGCGUGGAGGUACUGCUGUCCCACGGGGCCUCCUGCCACCUCAAGGAGCGCCGCCGCAAGUGGACCCCGCUUCAUGUCGCAGCUUCCAAUGGCCAAACAGACUGUCUGCUCAUGCUGGUCAACCGAGGAGAGAAGGCUGACGUCAUCGAUAUUGUCGACAUACAGGGACAGACGGCUCUGAUGCUGGCAGCUCUGGGUAGUCACACUGACUGUGUCCACAUCUUGCUGGAGAAGGGAGCCGGGGCUGACACCGCUGACAAGAGAGGCCGCACUGCUCUACACAGAGCUGCGGCGAUGGGCUGUGAGGACUGUGUGUCGGCCCUGCUCGAGCACGGGGCCUCUGCUCUGUGCAGGGAGUCCCGGGGACGCACACCCCUGCACCUGGCCUCCUCCUGCGGCCACAUGGAGCUCCUGCGCAGCCUGCUGCAGGGUGCCACAAGCACCGACCCCCUGGACUCCUUGUUGGACUACAGCGGAUACACCCCCGCCCACUGGGCAGCCUACCACGGGCACGAGGACUGUUUGGAUGUUUUUCUUGACCACAAACCUUUUAGCAUACAGGAAGGAAACCCCUUCACCCCAUUGCACUGUGCUCUAAUAAAUGGCCAUGAUGGUGCUGCUGAACUACUGGUAGAGACCGUUGGAACUCAGAUGGUGAACAUCAGAGAUGCCAAAGGAAGGACCCCGUUGCACGCAGCUGCCUAUUCAGAGAGUGUGGCCGGGCUGCAGCUGGCCCUGGUUCAGGGGGCAGAGGUCAAUGCGGUGGACACCACCGGACACUCCGCGUUGAUGGUUGCUGCCAACAACGGACAGACUGCAGCCGUCGAGGUCCUGCUGCACCAGGCCAAGGCAGACCUGACCCUGCUGGAUGUCAACGACAACACCGCCCUUCACCUGGCCUGCAGCAAGGCUCAUGAGAUGUGUGCCCUGUUAAUCCUGGGAGAGAUCAGCGACCCCUCCCUCAUCAAUGCAACAAACGGUGCACUGCAAAUGCCCCUUCAUAUCGCUGCGAGGAAUGGUCUGGCUACGGUGGUGCAGGUGCUGCUCAGCCGGGGGGCAGCCGUGAUGGCUGUUGAUGAGGCGGGCCACACCCCAGCCCUGGCCUGUGCCCCUAACAAGGAUGUGGCGGACUGCCUGGCCCUGAUCCUCUCCACCAUGAAGCCUUUCCCUCCCAAAGACGCCAGCGCCGCCGCCUCCUUUGGCCUCAACCUGCUGAAGCACUGUGGCAUCGCCGCCUGCGGGCCCCUGCCCAACGGCAACCUGCGCUACACCUACGCCAAGGACCGUCAUGGCACCAUCGGCCUGGACGGCUGCUUCACCGAGUGAGAUGAAACCCCCCCCCAAACCUGCUCCCCCUCAGACCGCCAUACCCUAGGUGCCCCUGUCCCGUUGUAUCUCUAACUAGCCGGAUCGCCCCUCUUUAAUCCACUAUGAUCCGGGUUACAACCCUUUCUUAACACACAACAAGAGCAGGAAUAUACUUAGUUUCACGUGUGUGUGUGUGUUUGGAUGUGUGUGCGUGUGUCUGUCUGUUUGAAGAAAAACAAAAUCCCUAAUGGGUGUUGUCAAACCUAUAUGCAAUUAUUUGCCUCUCUCCUCUGGCAUCAUUUUCAUUGUUUAUUUGUCUGUUGUCACUAGCCUGGGCUUAGGUAAGACACCCUCUGUCCAGUGUCCAGGACAGAGCUCGUCACAGAGUCCCUCUAAAUCCUACCAGCGGUGAUGAUUUUUACCCCUUAUGAUAUUAUCAUGGAUGUUUUUGUUGAAUUAACAGAUUCACAAGCAUGUGUGACAAGUUACAGAUAGUAUCAUUUUAGUUCUAAAUUAAAUUUCAAUUUUUGGUGAAUUUUUGAUAUUGCACUUCAACAAGGAAUAAACUAACCUCGCAAAUCCCAGUGAAAGCGAUGACCUAGUAGAAGGAGAACGGUGCCUCCAACUUCUCCUCUGACUUAAACUGGUGCAAUAUGCAGCAUGUGUGGGUAUUUCCCGUGCUGUGCGUCUCUGAAGAGAGAGAGAGAGAGAGAGUUGAAAGCUCUGCACAGAUACCGCCUAGAUUUUAAAAUAAGCGGUUACAAGCUGGUGUCUACUCCCCUAGACAUCCGACAACAAGCACUUCCUAAUGGCUAAGACCAUCUGAGUGACACCAUCUAACGGGUCCAGACACUGCCUGACUGGGGGUUUCUGCAUUAGCCCCCCUCUCAAGGAGUCCAUACUAAAGGAAGAAGUUGUGGUUCUUGCCUGAACCCCACUACCGCUUGUCACUGUCGUAGGCGUUUCUGGAUAUUUAAACAAUGUUGUGCCUAUGGAACACUGAGAAUUACUGAGAGAUGACCUCAUCCCCAACUAGUUUAUGCCCUCUGAUCUCCCACCUUAUCCCUGAUUAUUUGAGACUUAAAAAGAGAACAAUUCUAGUGGGACAUUUUUAAAGGAUGAAAUUAUUAUUAUUUUUUAAAAGAAAGAUGGGUUUAGCACACAUACUGAUUGCGGUAUAAGCUAUUGUUGUAUAAACACUUGUUUACACAAUGUAAACCGACGUCGCAUUUACUUGUGAAUUGUCAGUCAAAUAUGUUUGCACAACAGAGCCAUGAGAAAAUAUGUGUUUUUAAUAUAGCUGCUAAAAUAUUGCUGCCUUUUCCAUGGAUUGUAUUCACGGUUUCCGUCAAUGCGGAUCUACAUGUAAUGUUUAAUUUGACUCUUUACGUUAUUUGGAAUUGGAAGCAAUAUUCAGUCACAGACAGCCUUCAAACUCUUAUAGCAUUUUUAUUUCCCUGCUGUUUGCUAUAGUGGAAAGGUUCAUGUAAUUUUCCCCUUUUUUUAACCUAUAUCUAUUCAUGCCAAACAGCCAUACUUGUUUGCUUCUGUCUUCUUUUGCACAUUAGUUGAAUCAAUUUAGUUGUUUGUGUUUCACUUGAUUAAGCUAUUUAUGAAGAUUGUUAGUUAUGUUAAUUAGAACAUAAUUCAAAUUAUGUUCACUGUUGUAAUUGUUUUCAUGUGGUUGUAGCGAUUUGAAAAAAUUCAGAUGACAAAAUCUAUCAGUAUUUGACCUUACUCACACUUCCAUAAACUAAUUGGAAUUAAGGAACAUUUCAAAUCCAUGGUGUACUGUAUUAUUAAGCAUUAUCCUAUUUUGUUAAUGUGUUUUCAAUAUUACAUAAAUGUAGUUUGGCUUAGAUAGUGAAAUUGUGAAAGUAGUGGUAAUGUACCAGUAUCUUUACUCUUCACAAUAUAUGGCUAACACUGAAAACUAAAAUAUCUGCAUUACGUUAUAUAUAAGUAACUGCAUCUCGGAAGUGGUUUAAGAAGUGUCUUAGAGUAUUUUAUUUAUUUGACUUUCAAAGAAUACCAAAAGUGAUUUUCUUUUACACCCAUUUUCAAGUAUGUGUGCUCCCGUUUCUCUUUUGCGUCAAGAACACCAUGUAGGCAUGUCUGGUACCAAUACCUCUAUUGUGUGAUACACUGACAACCUCAUCCACCUUUCUCAGUUGAAUUGUUGUUUUUUUCUCGACAUGCCUCAGUCCUAUCAUCACUUGUGUAACCUAAUGUUACCCCUAGAAUUGUUCUCUUUGAAUGGAAUAUCGAAACCAUUUAGCACAUCUCUUUAGAUGUACAUACUAUUAUUUAUAUAAGAAGAAAACAUUGCAUCAAUUUCUGAAUCAUUUUGCAGACUGAGAUUCAUUGUCAGUUCCUGGUGCAUUUGACUGGCUGGGAAGGAACUGUUUCAAAAAAGAAUGUAGGAAAAAAACUAGAUAAACAGAGAGAAAAAACAGCUUAUCUGUUCCGUGGCCAGUACUGGUAUUCUACAAGGUAUUUCAUGUCAAAGCGUUUAAGAAAAAAACAAGAUGACGAAGUCUAUCCCUUACAUGUAGGAAUAGCAAAUGCCAAAACCAGUGUCGUCGUUGUUCCUCACAUUUAUACUAAUAUGCUGAAAAAAAUGAUUGUAUUAAGCUACCUGAACUUUUUGUGGCAUUUUACAUAAGCCUUUUUAUAUGAUGUCAGAGAAGGUUUAGUUCAAUGACGUGAGAUCACAUCGAAUAGUAAGCCAUUAAAUAAUGUUCUUGUUAUGUUCACGGGUAACUUGCUAUGUUAGAAUUUUUGGGUUGGUUUAAAUAUGAACUUCUCACAACUAGGUCCCAUCCAUUGUUUAUUUUAUAUCGUGUGACAUUUCAUUGACCAUAGAUUUGGUUUAGCCUAUGGUUUUGUUAGGCUGGUUAGAUACGACAUUGAAAACAAAAAUCCCCUUUUGGAACAAGUUUCAUGUGGGACUGAAUUGUUCAAUUAGGGGUUGAAGAAAGCAUAAGUCAAGAAAGCAUAAGUCAAGUGUGUGGAGGUUAGAAGCCUAAAAAGGAUUACAUUCAUGAUAUACCGCCAAGACUCUUUUUUUAAAUGUUUUUAUUUCCACCCUAUUUAACCAUUCCGUUUACACUGUGGACAAGGAUUACCCUAGUAUUGUGCUUUUUAGGGCAAUAGAACAAUGGAAAGCAUUUUUCGAUUUUCAAUAAUGCAACAACAAACAACUCUAUUUUCACUCAGUCCUGACCCAAAGCACUUAUUUCAAGAAUAGGCACUUUUGUAUAUUUAAUAUCUCUAUGUGUGUGUUUACAUAGGUUACCUAUGUAGAUAUGAACUUAUAUUUAGGGAAGACAAUACCUUCAAUGGAGAGAUGAGAGUAGAUGAACUGGUGACUGAUCUUCACGAUCAUGUGUGAUGAGUGGGUGCUUGUAUGAGAGACACGAUUUAAUUGGAGGGUCGUGGUUCUCUUUGGGAUUAGCAUAAGGGAGCAGUGAAGAGUUGAGGGUCACCCCUUGGUGUGCAAACGUACGCAGCCCAAAGUACAUUUCAAACGGAAAGUAUACUUGCACUGCCUUUCAAAAAAAAAAAAGCAGGGGAUGAAACUCAAGAACAUGUUUGAUUAAGUGCAGAAAUGUAAGAUAUUACGUACAUUUGCAGACGUCUCCACUGAGCCAUAUUAGUCAAUUGCUGAUUUUUUAAAAAUGUAUGUCUAAAUUAAAGCAGGGGUUUUGGUGGUUGAAUAACUGACAUUUUUGCUGCACUGUUUAACUAAGAAAAAAGUAAUAGAAAUGAUGGGGACAAUAAUGAAAAAUGAACUAAAGCAACAUCUUUACCUCUGCCUUCUCCUCGUGCAUCGAUGCAGAAGGAUUGUGUUUUAUCUUGAGCCAUUGAAGGGUAUUAUUGCAUUCAGCGGAUGGGUUAGUCUAUUGCCUAACAAUGUGGUGCAUACAGUGCCUUCAGAAAGUAUUUAUAUCCUUGACUUAUUCCACAUUUUGGUGUUACAUUUUGAAUUCAGGCUGUAUUAAAUAUGACUUUUUUCUCACCAAUCUACACACAAUGCCCCAUAAUGACAAAGUGAAAACAUUUUUAUUGACAUUUUUGCAAAUGUAUUGAAAAUAAAAUGCAGAAAUACCUAAUUUGCUUAAGUAUUCACAUACCUGACUCAAUACUUUGUUUGAAGCACCUUUGGCAGCGAUUACAGCUGUGAGCCUCGAAGAGCUUUGCACACCGAGAUUGUGCAAAAUUUGCCCAUUUAAUAUUUUCUAAAAUUCUUAAAACUCUUUCAAAUUGGUUGUUGAUCAAUGCUAGACAACAAUUUUCAUGUCUUGCCAUAGAUUUUUAAGCCGAAUCAAGUCAACUGUAACACUCAGGAACACUCACUGUAUUCCUGGUAAACAACUCCAGUGUUGAUUUGGCCUUGUGUUUUAAGUAAUUGUCCUGCUGAAAAGUGAAUUAAUCUCCCAGUGUCUGGUGGAAAGCAGAUGGAACCAGGUUUUGCUCUAGGAUUUUGUCUGUGCUUUGCUCCAAUCCAUUUAUUGUGUUUGUCCUGAAGCUCUCCAGUCCUUUUUUUUAACCCAUAUUUUAUUAGGUAAGUUGACUGAGAACACAUUCCCAUUUACAGCAUUGACCUGGGAAAUAGUUACAGGGGAGAGGAAUGAGCCAAUUGUAAGCUGUGGCUGAUUAGAGGGCCAUGAUGGUAUGAAGGCCAGAUUGGGAAUUUAGUCAGGACACCAGGGUUAAUACCCCUACUCUUACGAUAAGUGCCAUGGGAUCUUUAGUGACAACAGAGAGUCACAUCCCAUCCGAAAUACGGCACCCUACACAGCGCAAUGUCCCCAAUCACUGCCCUGGGGCAUUGGGAUAUUUUAUUUAGAUCAGAGGUGCCUCCUACAGGCCUUCCAACAUCAUUUCCAGCAGCAUCUGGUCUCUCUACCAGGACCAACCCUGCUUAGCUUCAGAAGCAAGCCAGCAGUGAGAUGCAGGGUGUUAUGCUGCUGGCUUACAAGCAUACCCAUAACAUGAUGCAGCCACCACUAUGCUUGGAAAUAUGGAGAGUGGUAUUCAGUAAUGUGCUGUGUUAGAUUUGCCCCAAACAUAGCACUUAGUAUUCAGGACAAAAUGUGAUUUUUUUUUUUUUUUGCUUUCUGAAGGCACUGCCUUAUGUCUAUCAGUACAAACCUCACUCCAAUAUAAUCAUUGUGACUCUUGUAAUCACAGGAUUAUUUUAUUUCCUCAAGUUUUAUUUUGUCAACAGUUGGCACAGGAGCUAUCCCUCCUGUUAAUCAUGUACUCACCAUUUUUUCUAUCAAGAUUGCCUUACAAUACCUCUUAAAUUAUGAAUCAUUGUUUUGUUACUCCAUUUGUUUUCUGAUUUGCAUUUGGGAAUGUGUCCCUUUUUUUCUUACAUCAAUACCAUAUCAAAACAGUCGUCCUUAAAAACAUCCCAUGCUGUUACCUAGACCCACAAGUGCUGUAGAAAUCCCUGUUUGUCUGCCUAUGGAAAAAGGAAGUGUCUAUGGAGAUUUAAAAAGUAAAGGUCAAUUUUGACAAAUGACAAUAAUACCUUACAAUGGCUGAAAUUGCAAAAAUUGACAACUUUCUCAAAGUGCUUCAGAUUGUAGGAAUAAGUGAUAUGGGAGCUUUGGGCAAGGGGAGGAGUGAAAUGCAUAGCAUUAGGUAAUUGUAAUUUGCAUGAUGCAAGACUGAUCAAGUCAAUUUUAUUUGAGCGUGAUCGAAAACAAUAUGGCAGGGUGGCUAGUAGGGUAGAAGACGGUAAAAUUGCACAAAAGUAGUUGAGUCAGAAUACUGUAAACUGAGUUACAUGUUAAGUUGGGGGAAUAACUAUUGAAAGGAAGCAUAUUCAACAUCUUUGUUUCCUUCCAUUUUUCUUUUGAGAAGAAUUCAGGGUACUUAUUGAUUUUGGGCAACUUGUAAAAUGUUGCCAUCAUAUAUGUGAGUGGAAAGAAAGACUAAGUAGGGUCAUGUUGAAAUUGGAGAAUAGGAAAAACUUUUACUUUUGACACUAUUGUCCUUCAAGUGAAAGCAUUCAUCUGAGAAUGAACACUUAUGUCAUGCUGAUUUUAAAUAACCUCCUAAAUUAGGUGUGGAAGGGAUAAAGUUAGAAACAAAGAGGCUGUUGGUUUCUUUGGGUUAUGCCAGUGAUCCCCAUGGUGAUGCUGUCCAUAGCGUAUUCCUCUGGGAUAUCUGCCAAUGACUGUACCUCGAGGACAUCGGUGUCCUUCAUUACUUAAACUCAUUGGAUGAAGGCAAUAGCUAGGCAGUUACCAUUGUGUUUUUCUUUUAUUUCCAUUUAAAAUAUUAUUUCGAAUCAAGAGUACACAAACGUUUUCUCUUCUCCAAGCAUAAUUAAACUGCUGAAUUAGAUCUUUAUUUGUCAUCGGUGUACUGUUAUCAAAGAAUUCUUCAAAAUGGCUACAAUUCACAAAAAAAGUGAAUAAAUUAACAUGUAAGAUGCGGUAAGUUAUUUUUAAGUGGAUUUUAACAAGAAGUUAAAAGUAAUAAAUCUCAUGUUAUAGUCCGUCAUAAAUUUACAUUUGAUCACCAAAACAAACACCCCUUGAUAUGGAUGGAAUUAUGUCUUUAAGUAUAGAUCCAUGAGUGAAGCUCAAUAUUAAAGGGAUACUUCAGGGUUUUGGCAAUGAGGCCCAAUGAGACUCAUAGAUAUCCAGUCAUUGCGCUAACGCUAGUUAGCAACUUCCUUCAAACUACGCAGACACAUAAAAAUGGUAUCCACGAGUUCAUCUGACUGGAGAAGUAGAUAAAGGGCCUCAAAUCCAGAAGUAUCCCUUUAAGUUCUUCCAUGAUUCUAACUGCUGCAUGUCUGUCCUGUCUAUGUACACAACAUAUUUAUUUGAGAUGUUCAGAUUCUUUGAUUGUAUAUUAUGUUAAUGCUUUCAUUGUUAAUUUGUCAUUGUUGUACAACUACACUAGGUGGAAAAGAUUUCCAUGCUUAUUCAAUCAUAACUUCCAAAUGCUUGUUAAAAUGGAACAAAACUGUUGCUCCCACUUUAAAAAUAAGGUCUUGAAAUGUAGCAGUAAGAAGUGUAAUUUUGCAGAAUUUGGCACGCGUCUAACAUUAUUAUUGAGAGACAAUUGACAUUUGUUCCAUUUUCAUGUGGGAUUGCCCAUACCCCUGUAUAUCGCGGCACAUAUACUUUAGGUCAUGGAGAAAAUAAAUAAAAACAAACACAAUAAACUGGUUAUAGAAUUUAA